AAUGCAGGCUGUUGAGUGUUGCUACUGACUGUACUGCUGCAUCAUGUACAUACAUGUGUCCCUGUGCUGUUCAACACAUCAUUGCCAAGAAUCCCCUGCCAAAACUGGCAACAGCACGGCUUGGAUCGAGGCGCAUAGGAAAUUCGUUUUUGGGUAGAUUUGCUUGUCGUUCUGUAGCUGCACUCAGCAGCACUACCAGCUUCAAGCCCAUCAGUGCAUCACGACACCAGUAGCGUAGCCUAGGGAAGGCUGCCGAGCCUGAACCUCAAACAAAUAUCGUCUCCCCAAACCAACUCUCAUAGCUGGCCGCCCUUACUGCGCUGAUGGAGGGCAGGUUAGCCAGCCAGAAUGGAUCGCUUCUGGCCAGCGGUGGAGAGGCUCAAGCGACCAGCAGCGUUGUACACAUGCGACAGGAUUCCGAGCAGGAGAUGCACGCGUUGUUCGAGGCCUUGGUCAAUCCAGCUAAACAGCGCAGUGUCCCCAUGAAGGAUAGGGAUCUGCCCAGCUCCUUCUUUCGUCCGCAGAGCACCAAUGCUAUGGCGAGCAACUCGAACAGUGGCAACACGGUCUCGCUGAGCUCAGCACAGCACAGCAGGGAUAACAGCAUGGACUCGAACAUGCAACAGCAGCAGCAGGAUAUUGGUUCGGCGGUCGAGCUGCGUGGUGUCCACGGGCAUGGUGCUCACGUUGGACACAGUCGCUCAGUGUCCCUGCCUGCCCAGUCUCUGUACGGAACGCAGUCAGCCAGGGUGGGUGAGCUGCCCAUGGCCACACAGCAGGGCAGCCUGGAUGUUGGUGAUCGAGCACUGGGACCAGGAUGGGAGGAAGCUUUGAAAAGAGAGGGAAAGGCAAACUACAUCAAUCACAUGCUGGGUGAGACUAACUGGAACAAUCCUGGUCAAGAGCAUGAUAGUCGGGGUAGAGGCGGCAGUUUUCACCAGCCGCAGCAGCAGGCCACACCGUUCUUCACGCCCACGCAGGAUGCGCGAGCGCUGAGCGACAUUGUCCACAGUCAUCAGUUCUCGGCGCCUCACAUGCACACCUCAUACCCCAACAGCGGUGAGACGCGUGCCCGUGCCGCUAGCAUGCUAGACCCUCGUGGUGUUGCUGCAGGCCAAUCCAUGGCCGUGAACCAGAAACUGCUCCAGCAGAAGCGUCUUGAGGAUGCAAAACGCCUAGAAGAAGUUCAACAACAGCAACAGCAGCAGCGCCAGAGAGGUGUGCAGCGGAUGAGGCAGUCGACCAGUCCCGGUCUCGGUGCGUUCAUGGGCUCGCCAAGCAAUCAAUCCUGGCAGUACUCGUCCGGCGUAGCAUCACCUGGCACGUCGGGUGGCAACGUGAUGACAGCGCACAUGAGAGAUGCAUCGGGCGACUCCGCGUACGGCCUACAGGACAUGUCGCUGGGAGGGGGACUGUCGGCGGCGGCGCAAGGCCAGCACGAUCUUCACCCCGGCUACGUGCCAGGCGGUGGUGGCGGCGGCAGUUUGCAGGGCCGAAUGCAGCAACAACAGCAGCAGCUGCAGCAGAGUGUGUAUCAGCCGGGUGAAAUUCCCAGCGGCGGCGGUGCUGCCGCUGGCUUGUCACAAGCACAACACCAUGCACAACACCAUGCACAGCAACAACAGCAGCAGCCAUUCAUGUCCAGUCAGAUAGGCGGUGCUGUGUCGCAGAAUCGUUUCGCCGGGUCGGGCUACUCGUCUCCGUCCAACAUGCAGGACAGCCUUGUGUCCGGUAUGGGUGGCAGCGCUGACCAGACUUCCGCAGCCGCCAUGCAAAUGGACAUGGGAGCUGGAGUCGGUGCCGCUGGUAGCCUUCAACCAAUGAUGAUUGAUGCAACGCUGGACAGCAACCGCUUUAAUGUCGGCUAUGGCCAGUCGCAACUAGGUCAGAUGCCGACCGAGACGGCUAUGAUGCCACAUCACGGAGCAACCUAUUUAUGAUAUUGUCUUCUUGCCGGUGCGCGCGUGUGUGUGUGUGUGUGUGUGUGUGUGUGUGUGUGUGUGUGUGUAUGUGUGUGUGUGUGUGUGUGUGUGUGUGUGUGUGUGUGUGUGUGUGUGUGUGUGUGUGUGUGUGUGUGUGUGUUAGUGUGUGUGUGUUAGCAUGCAUGCACAUUUGUGUAUGUGCGUGCAUGUGUGUGUGUGUGCACGUGUGUGUGUGUGUAUGUUGUGUGGCCCUGUGGAUACUGAUUGUGACUAUACACAACAAGAAGAGCAUUUCGCUCACAGCUGCGCUAUUGCCUUGCCAAAGCCGCCCGGAGUUCCAUUACACAUGCUGUCCCUCUGCUUCACAAACCGGAGGGAUGGAGCUACAAAGGUACACACGCACUGGUAUCGCUAUCUGCCUGGACGUCAGUGCUGCCAGUCAGGCAACCAGUUGCCGGCGCUAACUUGAUAUGAUCAUACUGCUAGAAUUGCCUGUUGCCAACUCAUUGACGACAUAUUGACGACUCAGUAUAGAUGAGUGAAAUGAUGAGUGUUCCCCUCCUGCCAGCCAGGACACUUUAUUAUAACUAGUAGAGUAAAAUUAUGUUAGCAGCCAAUCUGCAAAGCAUACUCCUAUACCUAUUUUGAGACUAAAAAAUAUUCUUUGCUCUCGUGCGAAAGCCGCCCGCCCACACAAGAUUGUCAGUAUCAUUGCGCAAUCCGCCUCCUCCAUUCUCCUUCUGUGAACACGUGUUUCCGUUAUUACCCUCCCAUUCUUUUCCGUCUCUUCAUCAAGUUUUUUUUAUGGUUAAGGUAGAAUUUAGGUCAAUUUAGUGUAGAUUUACAAGCUAGUAGGAAUAUUUAGCGGCCAUUGCACUCCAUUGUUUUCAUUGUCCUGCAGUUUGAACUCUUUUAUUCUCACGCAGUUGUUGUUGUUGUUGUUGAAAACAAACUUUAGCAAUAGCUGUUAUUUGUAAUGACAACUUGCAGGUAGCUUCAGUUCUGCCCUGCCUCCCCCCCCCCCCCUCUAGCCUGCUCACAUAGGUCAGUUAGUGCCUCUAGUGUUGAAGCCUUUAGGUAUGAUCUUCCUCUUAUCUAUGAGACAAUUAUACUACAUAAUCAUUCAUUAUGGAAGCAGCAGCAAGCCAACAACACCUCUCACACAGGAGUGGGGUUGCAACUAA